AUGAAGGCCUCACUUUCCGUUAUUCUUCUAUUUACAUCCGGCCUUCUAGCCAGCCCUGUUCCUGAAGCUGCCUCUUCAGCCACCUCAGCUCGGAGCACUCUCCCUUCUCCACUUACUCUCCCGACCCCUGCUGUUCUCCCAGCAGGCCCUGAGGAGACUCCAGUGGAUCCCUUCAUCACCCCUAAGAAGUGUCCGAAGCCAAACCAAGUAUUUGUCGAGUGUGGAUCUGCAUGCCCAGCCAGGUGCUGGAAGCCGCCGCCCACCGUUUGCACAUUGCAGUGCGUUAUCGGAUGCCAAUGCGCACCAGGAUUCUUCUUGAACAAGGCUGGCUCUUGUGUGUCGGCUCUCGGUUGUGUGUGGGAUAUUUUCAACAAGAAGAGUUCUUGA